UCUCUCUCUCUCUCUCUCUCUCUCUCUCUCAACAAUGACGACUUGGGCAUGAGAACGCGUUACCGCCCCCAAACCUCAACCACCAUAUAAACCCAUUUGCUCGCAUUUCUCUGUUUCUAACUCAUGCCCUCCAAAACCCAAUUAUCAAAAAGCUCUGCCUCUCAUUCUGAAUCAAUAAAGCCAUGGCCUUUACUUGCAUCAGAGCUUCUUCUUCUUUCACUGCCACGCGUCUUUUAGUGUCUGUUUUCAUAUUGUGUUGGGUUUCUCGGACCUGUUCCGGGUUCGGGUCAUACGGGUUCGAUAUCCACCACCGAUUCUCGGAUCCCGUCAAGGCAAUUCUGGGUUCCGAUGAGCUGCCGGAGAAGGGGAGUGCCGAAUACUAUGCUGCUAUGGCGCACAGAGAUCGCUUGAUUCGAGGGCGUCAUCUCUCCACCGCCGACGGAACGACGCCGCUUACCUUCGUUUAUGGCAACGAGACUUAUCGGAUUGGUGCUUUUGGACAUUUGCAUUAUGCGAAUGUUUCUGUGGGGACACCAAGCACAUCAUACCUUGUGGCCUUAGACACGGGCAGUGAUUUGCUCUGGUUGCCAUGUGAUUGUAGCAGUUGCGUGCAUGGCGUAAAGCUCUCAAAUGGAGAUGUAAUAGAAUUUGAAAUCUACAGCCCUAAUACGUCGUCAACAAGCAAAAAGGUUUCUUGCAACAGCACAUAUUGUGAACAACGACAACACUGCGCUUCAGCAGCUAGUGAUUGUCAAUACAAGAUUGAGUAUCUGUCGAAUGACACCUCAUCUACGGGGGUCCUGGUAGAGGAUGUUUUGCACCUAACCACUGACGAUGCGAAACAAAAAGAUGUUAAUGCACGGAUUGGUUUUGGUUGUGGUAAGGAGCAGACUGGAAUAUUUUUGAAUGGUGCAGCUCCGAACGGUCUAUUAGGGCUUGGUAUGGAUGAUGUAUCCGUUCCUAGCAUUUUAGCGAGCCAGGGGCUUGCUUCAAAUUCUUUUUCCAUGUGUUUCAGACUUGAUGGAUAUGGGAGAAUUAGCUUUGGUGAUAAUGGAAGCUUAGACCAAGCUGAAACGCCAUUCAAUCUUAAAAAUAGGAGUGCAUAUCCAACUUACAACAUUACCAUUACUCAAAUAGCUAUUGGAGAAAGUGCUACCGAUCUUGAAUUCUAUGCAAUUUUUGACUCUGGUACCUCAUUUACAUACCUAAAUGAUCCAGCUUACACAAAGAUUACUGAGAAUUUCAACAGCGCACUAAAAAACAAGCGGCAAUCGAAGGAUUCUAGCAUCCCGUUUGAAUACUGUUAUGAUAUAAGGCCAAAUCAAACAGUGAACUUGACGCUGAAAGGUGGAAAGCAAUAUUCUUUGCUUGAUCCGCUAGUGGUUCUUGCUAAUGAAGAUGGAACACUAAUGUUUUAUUGUCUGGGCAUUGUCAAAAGUGGAGAUGUAAAUAUCAUUGGACAAAACUUCAUGACGGGCUAUCGUGUAAUUUUUGACCGUGAGAGGAUGGUAUUGGGUUGGAAGGAGUCCGAUUGUUAUAAUGUUGAGGACACCGUCACUCUUCCUGUCACUAAAUCCAAAUCUCCGGCCGCAUCCCCUAGCGCUACCAUCAAUCCGGAAGCCACGGCAGGGAGUACCAACACUUCUCAUAUACCACCACCAAAUCAUUCACCCAAGUUGAACUCUUUUGCUUGUGCACUCACCAUGGUUCUUUUUGUAUUCUUUGCCAUGGUUUGAUUAUUCUUUCUUGUUGCUGAGGUUUUCUCAGCCCUGUAUCAUAUGUAUCCAUAGGCAUUUGUUUGAGGUAUACUAUACAGAAAAUUGGCAGAUGUCGACUUCCUAUUUUUGGUACACAAUUGAUACUGAUGGAAACAUGGGGUUGUACAUAUGAUUUUAGUUAUGACCAUAGGGAACAAAUAUUUUUUUUCCUACAGAUAAAUAAAUAUCGUUUUUGGUCU